GCCUCUCUACUCGCGCCCUCGGAGGCCGCUCCGGCAGCUGGGCCCUCCCUCCGCCUCGCCUCGCCCGUUGUCGUCGCUCCUGUUCCUGCUGCUCAGCCUGGCGGGGCGGGACCUCACGAGGCGGGCGGCUGGGCUGCGGUGCUGGCGGUGGACCGUACAGGAAUCCUGAUGAAUCUUUUCCACUUUUCCACGAGAAGGCUGGUUUCUCAAGUAUAUUGUGGACUGAAACCUGCUUCUUCCAAGAAACAAAGGACGUGCUUUGAAAUGGCCCGACCCAGUUCAAGUAUGGCUGAUUUUCGAGAAGUAUUUGCUAAAGCAAAGCAUAUAGCUAUUAUUACAGGGGCUGGUGUCAGUGCUGAGAGUGGUGUUCCGACCUUCCGAGGUGCAGGGGGCUACUGGAGGAAAUGGCAAGCUCAGGAACUGGCUACUCCAGAGGCUUUUGCAAGGAAUCCCUCUAGGGUGUGGGAAUUCUACCAUUACCGUAGAGAGCUUAUGAUGAGUAAACAUCCAAACCCUGCACACACUGCCAUAGCAGAGUGUGAGGCCAGGCUAAGCAAGCAAGGAAGGAGUGUUGUGGUCAUCACGCAGAACAUUGAUGAGCUCCACAGAAAAGCAGGAACAAAGCACCUCUUAGAAAUUCAUGGUAGCUUAUUCAAAACCCGAUGCACCAGUUGUGGAACUGUGACAGCAAAUCACAAGAGUCCAAUCUGUCCUGCUUUGGAUGGGAAAGGUGCUCCAGAUCCAGAUGCUGAAGACAGCCGGAUUCCUGUAGAAGAUCUUCCUCGGUGUGAAGAAUGCAAUGGCCUCUUGCGCCCUCACGUUGUAUGGUUCGGAGAAACUUUGGAUUCUGGUAUUCUUACAGAGGUUGAAAAAGAACUUGAGAUUUGUGAUCUUUGUUUGGUGAUUGGAACGUCCUCUAUAGUAUAUCCUGCUGCUAUGUUUGCUCCCCAGGUAUCUGCCAGAGGAGUGGCAGUUGCAGAAUUCAACAUGCAAAGCACCCCAGCCACAGAUAGGUUCAGGUUUCAUUUCCCAGGUCCCUGUGGUACCACGCUGCCCCCAGCACUUGCACGCCAUGAAACUGAGAUAAUCUCAUGAACAUUUAUCAGCAACACAGAGGAAAAAAUCCAGCUGCUCAUUCAGCAGGGUGCAAGCAUAAGAGGAAUGUGGGACUUGUACAAAACAGCAUGCCUGCAAGUGAACAAUAGGAUCUAAGGGUGACACUGAAGAAAACAGAUCAUGAUUUUCCAGUUGGUUACAAGAAUGAGCAAAGCAAAAAGAGUUGUCAUGGUCAAGGACAUUGGAUAAGCGGUUACAUUUUUGUUUAGACAUAAACGAUUUAUGUGAAAUGAGAGCAUAAAAAUGCCAACAGUUCAAAUGAAGACAUUUGUGCCCUGAAAUAUUAGGCUACAUAUUUGGCAAUUCAUAAUGGGGAGGGACUUCAUCAUGAGCUUACACUUCUUUGUGACUACACAAAAUAAUUUUAUA